CAGAAUUUUUGUCAGGAUGACCAAGUGGUAGAUUGGCUAAAAGGAAUGAUGCCCCUUCCCACUUGUGGAUUGUCUGCAAAAUGUCUGUUAGAUAAGGCCUGCUGUGAAACAUGGCCUCCAGUCUUUCCCUCCUCCUGCUGGUCCUGUGUGGUUUAACUGUGGCUGAAGCUCAGCUGAAGGUGUUUAACCUGCGGGCUAGUGGUCUUCCCUCUGACAUAUUUGGAGUCACAGACGGCUACGUCAAGGUGUUUUGUGGCUCAGCCACUCUGGGCAUGACAUCCAUCCGUCACAACAAUGCCAACCCCUGGUGGGAUGAAGAGUUUUCCUACUACGAGGCCCAGCAGAAUUAUGUGCUCAGGCUCGAGGUUUAUGACCACGACAUGGUCUUUGAUGACCUGCUGGGAGUCUGCCAGAGGCAGAUCAAGCAGGGAACCCAUGAGCACGAGUGUGUCCUGGAGGAAGGCGGCAGCCUCCAUUAUGCCUAUACCCUUGCUUGAAUACAUCCAAUAAGCACUUAUAGAUGUAUCUGACAUUUGGCCUUUAACAUGCAGCUUGAAUCUCCCUCAGACUGGUUCUGAAGAAUCUUGUAUGAUUUCUAAGAGACUAUCUGUGAGUGUUUAUUUGUUGUGUGUCCCCAGUGAUUCACCAUUUAAGAUCUGUGUACACAAAUAGUCAAACUCACCAAGAUCAAAACUGUCUGUUUUAAUCAAUGAACCUUAUUCUGGUGCCUUUGUCACAUGGCUAUUUGCCCCUGUUUCCAAAAGAAAUAA